AUGAGUUCUUGCAGCAACGUGUGUGGGUCCAGGCAGGCACAGGCUGCAGCCGAGGGUGGGUACCAGCGCUAUGGAGUCCGGUCCUACCUGCACCAGUUUUAUGAGGACUGUACCGCCUCAAUGUGGGAAUAUGAGGAUGAUUUCCAGAUCCAGAGAUCACCCAACAGGUGGAGCUCAGUAUUCUGGAAGGUCGGACUCAUCUCAGGUGCAGUCUUCGUGAUCCUCGGAUUGACUGUUCUGGCAGUGGGCUUUCUUGUGCCCCCCAAAAUCGAAGCAUUUGGUGAAGCCGAUUUUGUGGUGGUUGACACGCAUGCUGUCCAGUUCAACAGUGCUCUUGACAUGUAUAAGCUGGCAGGAGCUGUUCUCUUCUGCAUCGGGGGCACAUCCAUGGCCGGGUGCCUGCUGAUGUCAGUGUUUGCAAAGAGCUACUCCAGAGAAGAAAAAGUCCUCCAGCAGAAGUUUAAAGAACGAAUCGCAGACAUCAAAGCCCACACCCAGCCCAUUACAAAAGCCCCGGGGCCAGGGGAAACGACAAUUCCAGUCACUUUGUCCAGGGUUCAAAAUGUUCAGCCUCUAUCGGCAACCUGAAACCUUUUCCACCCCAGUUCUUCUUGUCUGAUUUAUGCCUGUGGUUAAAAGCAGCAGGCCGGCUUUUGAGAGGAAGAAGAUGUGGCAUGGACUGCCCGAGGCUGUGUUUAGCUGUGGGCAGCACAGUGGGUGGACUCACACUUGCUCAGUCCAGGCGGCUCUGGCGGAGGUCAGUGCCAUGCCUAAGUCUGCACACGUGCAUCCAGCUACUUAAGACGGGUGCUUCCUUGUGCCUGGCCACCAGGAGCUCCCUGGAACUCCUCUUUCAUGGACUGUGACUCUGUGUUAUUUUCCAUGUUAUUUGAAAGUGCCGAACAGUUUAGACCAGCUCACCAAUGGCUAAUGUGGUUCACUUGAUUUUCUAAUGUUGGUUUAUCUACUCUUUCCUUUGUGGUGCUGUCUUCCAUUCCUGUCUCACUAUGUGUAAAAUUUUGUCAUGUGUGUUCAUAGAAACGUGGAAUUUUCUCAUUUUGAUCCGAAUAUGUCUUUUAGCUAUAUCUUGAUAUGAGGUUCCUGACAUUGAAUACAAAGUUAUCAGCAUUCACAAAUCUUUUUGUUUUCUCCGUGGUAUUUUUUCUCCUUUCAGAUGAAGUGCUAUUCUUUUGCCCAGGUUGGAGUGCAGUGGUGAAAUCAUAGCACACUGCAGCCUUGAACCGCUGGGCUCAAGCGAUCCUCCCACCUCAGCCUCCCAAGCAGCUGGGACUACAGGCACCUGCCACCACCCCCAGCCAAUAUUUUUAAAAAAUUUUUUUAGAGGCAGGAAUUUGCUAUCCAAUUUAUUUUAAAAAGCUAAAAUUGCCAACUUUCAAGUCUUGACAAAAAAAAUUAAUUUUAAGAGAGUCUACUUACACAGUGUUCCAAAGUACUGAACUAGAAACCAGGAAAUUUCAGUUUCUUCUACUCCCUGUGUGACCUUGGGGAAAUUAUUUAACCUCUCAGACCUCAUUUUCCCCUUCUGUAUAAUGGGAGUCCUGGAUCAUAAGACGUCUGGGCUCUCAUCACUCAAACAUCCAAGAUUCCAUUUCUGUGGAAUCUCAUUUUAUCAUCGAGUCUCUCCCCAGCAGGUGUUUGUAAUGUUUUGUGGCUCUCGCACAUGGUGGCUUCUUUCAGAAUUAGACUCCUGGAAAGCCACUGAGUCAGCAGCCUUCACACUAUCUACCCUUAAAUAGUCAACCCCAGCAAUGUAUACAAUGCCGUCAUAUUUUUAUAAAAACAAGAGUAAGCCAUCCUCAAAUAAGGAACCCCUUGGUAGAUAUUAACCUUAAAAGGGGUUUUGUUCUCAAACAAGAUGCUUUGUGGUCCAGCAAGACGUUCAUCUCAUCCUUGCACUUUUUUUUAAUUUGUGGAUUCAGAGUAGACUGAGGAAAAUGGAAAAUGUGACCUUGGUAUUUUCUUAGAAUUGUACCACCUUACAGCCUGUCUUUUUUUUUUUUUUUUCCUUCCUCCACUGGAUAAAUAAAAUAUAUGAACGAGCAGAA